AUGUCCAGCUUCCUGCUCUACCUCGGUGCCAUCGGCAUUGGGUAUCUCGCCCUCACCAUUUUCCUCUUCAUGAUGUCCUCCAGGUUCCCCGUGCUGGGCUUCUUCGGCCUCCUCCUCGCAUCCUACCCGUCUGUCAUACUAUCUGCGUCGUACGGCGUGAUCGUGUCGAUAUUGCUGCGGCUGGUAGGCCGGGGUCGGAGUUCACAAUGGGCGACUGCACGAUUCUUCAAGUAUGUGAUGCGGUUCACGACAGGCAUAACUUUCUCCAUCGAUGAUCCGAACGACUACCUGAAUAAGACCCGACCCGCGGUCUUUAUUGGCCCUCACCAGUCGGAGUUGGAUGUGUUGAUGCUGGGAUGCAUUUUCCCCAAAAGAUGCUCGGUCACUGCGAAGAAGUCACUGAAGAACGUGCCGUUCCUGGGGUGGUUCAUGGCUUUAUCCAACACAGUUUUCAUCGACAGGGCGAACUCGACGAAUGCGCGGCAUGCGAUGGCAAGCGCUUCGGAGGAAAUGACGAAGCAGAAGCAGAGCGUGUUUAUGUUCCCAGAGGGUACAAGAAGUUAUGCAAAGGACCCUACGCUACUACCGUUUAAGAAGGGAGCAUUCCACUUGGCCGUCCAGGCAGGCGUUCCAAUUGUGCCGGUGGUGGUUGCGAAUUAUUCAGAUGUGCUAUACGUGCCCGGGUGGAAAUUCAAGGCGGGGAACAUUGCGAUCAAAGUCUUGAAACCAAUCGAAACAAGAGGGCUACAGCCUGGAGAUGUCGAGGACUUGACUCGGGACACCCGGGAGAUGAUGCUUCGAGAAAUCGUUGCACUGACAUCAAAAGCGCAAGGCCGCCCGAUUGCGAUGCCUUCGCGAAACUCUGGAGACGGGGUUAUAAAAGCAAGUGGAGUAGAGGCAACCAUAUCCUAG